AUGUACGAAGUCUCUAACCAUGAUCAUCUUGCUGCUAAAGUUGAUGCACUAACCCAAAAAUUUGAAAAACUAAAUGUUAGUGCUGUCACUCCUACUCCUGCAUAUCCUCCUUGUGAAAUUUGUGGUAAUUUUGGUCAUAUUGGUGUAGAUUGCCAGCUAGGUAGUGCUGCUAAUGGUGUUCAGCAAAUGAACUAUGCUCAAUACAACAUGGGAACGAGCCAAACCAAAACUUUUAUAAAAACCCUCAAGGUUCCUAUGGACAAGGGUAGUAAGUUAGAAGAGACCGUUGCUAAAGCUAAAAGUACCAAGGGAGAGAAUAUUAAGCUUCCAGGUGAGAAUGAUGUGAUAGAAAGUGAGAAACCUCUUGAUAAGACCAAAGCUCCUCCCCCAUUAAGGCUUGCUAAGCUUAAUUUGGAGGCUCGAUUCAAUAAAUUUGUCAACAUACUUAAGAAGAUUUCCAUUAAAAUUUCCUUUGCGGAAGCUUUGUCUUGGAUGCCUCUAUAUGCUAAGUUUUUAAAGGAAAUUUUUUCAAAGAAAGAGACUAUAGAGCAUAAUGAGACAAUAACUUUAACUAGGGAAUGUAGCGCAAUCAUUAAGAAGCCACCUCCAAAGCUUAGAGACCCAGGUAGUUUUGCUAUCCCUUGUGUGAUCGGGAGUGAAACCAUAGAUAGACCCAUGUGUGACCUAGGAGCUAGUGUUAGUUUGUUGCCCUUGCCCCUCUUCAAAAGGAUGAGAAUAAGAGAAUUAAAAAAACCUACCAAGAUGACCUUGAAGCUAGCUGAACGUUCUACUAUCCAACCAGUUGGAUUUAUUGAGGACAUCCCCGUUAAGAUAGAAGGGAUAUACAUCCCGACUGAUUUUAUGGUAGUUGAUAUAGAAGAGGACCAUGAUGUUCCUAUAAUUCUAGGAAGACCUUUUCUCGCUACUGCGGGUGCUAUCGUUGAUGUUAAGAAUGGUAGGAUUAUUUUUCAUGUGAGAAAUGUGAUGGUAGGAUUUGAAUUGGAAAAUGUUAUGAAAGGUCCCGCUUUUUAUUCUUGUUGCAUGUAUAAAGAUCAUGAUGUGAAAGAACGCUUCUUAGCUUCAUCUACACAAUAUGAUCUCUUUGAUCCUUUCUAA